GCGUCUUGAAUGAGGCCGGUCGUGAGAUGGCAAGGAAGAACGGAGUAUGUAUUUCUAAAAUCACACCCACCCUGAAUUUUGACGUCACACGGAACAUGCAGUAGUUAGCCGGACUCUCCACCAACUGCAAGUAGUGACGCAGGCGCAAUACUCGCCCCCCGCAUUGCAGACUGUGGGCAACCAAGACAAAGAUUGAGGGCGAGGGUGGUUUUCCAUAUCAUACCGAGUUCGCAUCAUCGAUUUCGAAAACAUCGCUAGGCAGACGCAAGCACGAACAAAAGUGAGACAGUCGCCGUCUGGAGGCCCUGUUGUAGCUCAGAAAACUAGUGAGUACGAUGACGGAGUGCAUCCAACCAACGCCGUUAGCUUGAGGCUCUUCGACGAGUUUCUUCUUCUGAAUUUGGUUCAAAAUGGAGACGAACAAAAGAAUGCCUCUUCAUUGUAUAUCACAUCUUAUGAAAAGCGACUUUCUACUGCCUCGACGUGGAAGCGCUGUAUAAAAGAAUUUCUUUUCUUCGUUCUUAUGACAUCAUGA